UUAGUGAUAAGAAGUUGGUGGACCUAAAUUGGUAGCUUCACACUCGAAUUUUUUGAAUGUAUUAAUUUAUUUGUGAAAAUAUGUUUUGUAAUAUUUCAUUUAAUACCUUCCUAAAUCGAUAUUGCCAUAAAAAAUUCUGCAUGAUAUACGUAUGACAAACGAUUUUUCCAGUAAUAAGUCUAAUUUAUAAAAUAAUUAGAUUUUUACAAAAAAAAAAGAAGAAUUACCAAAAUAAUUAACGAGUGAGCAGAAUAGGCUGGUUAGAUCUAAUUUAAAUUCAAUUCAAUUUCCAAUACUUAUGGCAAUCUUAGAUGUUCGCGAACCGAAUCUUUAACAAAAAUUUCUGAUCAGCUAGAAUUUUUUUAAUAUAUUGAUAUAAACUUUUUUAAAUAAGUCCACAAUAAGGAUUGACGUAUAACAAUUUCAUUUACGUAAUGCUACUUAUAAUAAUCUACUCGAAUUAUGGUUUUCUCUAAACAAUCAUGCUAGGAUAUGAAAAAUAUUCAUUGAUGUAACACAUACAGCUUUUAAUUUACAAUCAAACAAUUAAUUUUGAUGCAUUUAAUGUUUCCAAGUAUUGCCCUUUAAAUGUCACCAAUUUUGUUAUGCCCAAUUAUAGGAAAAAAGAUUAAUUAAAAAAUAAUUCUAUGGACAAUUUAGCUAGACAAGCAUUGUUUGCAGCUGAAGUUUUGCAUCUUAUUCCUACUUCUGAUGUUAAGGAGAGUUAAUUUUUGGUUUUUAGAAGUUAUUUACAUGGAAGAAUUGCUGGAAAUUCUUUGCUUGGAGCUAUGGAGUUGGAGCGUGUUUUACAUCAUAGGGAAGUUCGUGUGUAUGUUGGAACAUGGAACAUGAAUGGACAAGCUCCUCCAUUAGAACUGAAUGAAAUCUUCUUACCUGAUACAAUUCCUCAUCUUCCUGAUAUUCUUGCCAUUGGCACUCAAGAAAGUUAUCCUGAUAAAUUUGAAUGGGAAGUAAAUAUUCAAAAAACUAUAGGCCCUUCACAUGUUUUAUUUCAUUCUACUGCCCUUGGAACUUUACAUUUAGUUAUUUAUAUUCGAAGAGAUUUAAUUUGGUUUUGUUCUGUAGCUGAAGAUUCAAGUUUUAGUACUAGAACUGGUACAGCAUUUAGGACCAAAGGUGCUGUAGCUAUCUCAUUUUCAUUAUUUGGAUCAUCAAUGUUAUUUAUAACAUGUCAUCUUACUGCACACAAAGAAAAAGUUAAGGAACGUUUACAAGAUGUUCACAAAAUUGUUAAAUCUCUAGAUCUUCCUAAGUUGUUUCCCACCAAACAUAAAACUAAAGAUGUUACCAACAAUUUUGAUUAUGUGUUUUGGUGUGGUGAUUUAAAUUUUCGUCUCACAAAUUCACGACAGGAUAUUAUGAAAUGGAUUAAUGUACAUACAUUUCCAUUAGAUUUGCCUAUUAACCAAUCAUUUUCUGAUCAACUUACAGAGUGUUUAUUAAAUGAUGUAAUUUUUCGUGGAUUUCAAGAAGGGCCAAUAAAGUUUGCUCCUACAUACAAAUAUGAUCCUGGGACUAAAACAUUUGAUUCUUCUAUCAAACAGCGUACUCCAUCAUAUACUGAUAGAAUUCUAUAUAAGUGUGGGAAAAGUCCUAUUUUAUCUAGUACAUCAGGAUUACAUUGCAAAUCAUCUCAUAUUGAAUGCAUAACUUAUUGUUCAGUACCAUCAGUUUGCACAUCUGACCAUAAACCAGUAUGGGGCUUGUAUAAAUGUGUCAUUAGACCGGGCAUAGACACUAUGCCUUUAGCUGCAGGAUUAUUCAAUAGAGAAGUAUACUUAGAAGCAAUCAAAAGAAGAGCUGCUAGUAUGAAUAAACGCAUUGGAACUUCUACUGUGUGUACUAUACAAUAAAUAAAAGGAAAAUCCAAGACUUUUUUCUUGAGCAAGGCUUUUAGCAAAGAAAAAUUUUUUUGCUCUCUACAUUAUAUCAAAAUUUAGGUAUUUUAAAGCUUCCCUCAUUUAUACGCCUGUACAAUUUUUGAUAACAUAAUACUAGUCAAAUUUACUGCCUAUUUAAAAUUAUUUACUAGGAAUUGAACUAUAGUAAUAAUUAUUCUAUUUAGAUAAAACAAUUUUGUAUUUUAAAUAAUUAACUAUAACAGAAAAGUCGAAAAUUUUUAGUAUGAAUAUUAAUUUUAAAAAUUACUUGUGGGUCUUAAACUAAUAAAAAUCAGUGCGUGUUACGAGUACACGCGGAUUAAGUGAAUCUUUAUUCAAAGUCAUUCAUCUAAUAGAAUAAUAGGUUUUAGUUGUUCAGCUUGAACGACUAUUCAGUUACUUUGACUCGGUUCUUUUGUAACGUAUGUACCAUAAGCUUCGUCAGCAAGUUGCCCAUUGAAUCUGCAGUUUUGAAUUUUAAAAUUAUUUUAAUUUUCGAAAAUACAAUGCUAAAUUAUAAUAUAAAAUAUACUUAACAGCCAACCAUGACGCUCGAUAAUCUGUUUUCUUUUUCAGACCCUCUAUAAAGAAGUUUCACUUUUAAAUAUGAUUUUACAAAUAUAAUAAAUGAAAAUUUUAUAUUAGCAUUAUAUUUAAAAAUAGGGCCUGUGAAAGAGCCAUGUAGUUCCCUAAAGCUACGUAAAUUUAAAAGAAAGAGAAAAUAUUAAAUAUUUUUUAAUAUUAAAAAAAAAAAAAUUUACAAGGUAAUACUUUUAAAACUAGCCACUCAAUUUCUCAUACUUCUUCUCUUUUCUGGCCCUUAUCCCAACUACUUAGGGUCAGCCACCCUUAUCCUAAACUUCCACUUAACAAGGUUUCUCGCAUCUACGUAUUCAUCAGCCGUUAUUACAUCGCAUUAAUUAACAUCCCUCCAUUUCUUCUUUGGUCUUCCUCUACCUCUUCUACCUAAAAUUAAAUUCCAUAAUUGUCCCUGUAGUUUCCAAUUCCUUUCUUCUCAUAACAUGAUCUGCACACCUAGUUUUUGAAUAAUUUCUUCCCUAUUAUCUUCUUUUUAUACUAUAUCGUCAGCAGACAACACGCACUGCAGUACAAUAAUUUUGUAAAAGACUAUUAAAAACAAUAUAUUGGAUUUUAAGAAAGAAUAUUUUAAUGUUAUAAUCAUAUUCUAAAUAUAUAAUGUUUAUAUUAA